CACAGACGGACCCACGUGUGUGGGGGAAAAGAUGGCUAGUGGAGAGGUGUGGAGCGUGCUGGAGGAGUGUGUAAAGAAAAUAAAUGCCAUCACAGCACAGCCGGAGAACUUUCUGAGCCUUCAAGAUGGAGUGGCAGCAGACUUCACCUCGCUCACUAAGACCCUGUAUGACCUCCACAAAGCUCAGCAGCCUGCAGGUUACAAAGGCAGCCCGUUGGCUCAGCUGGUGGUGGAAAACUUUGAUGAAGAGCAGAUCUGGCAGGAGCUGGAGCUGCAGAAUGAUGCUGUACUGGAACACUUUAAAAAUGCCACAAAUAAGGCAUUGACAGAUAAGACAUUAACAUUGCUAGCUGAGGAAGAAGUUAGUGAUGGGGAAGAAGUAGAGACCGAUAAGGAAAAUGUUGAUGAGGAGGAAGAAGAGGAGGAGAAGGAGGAGGAGAAACUACACAAACAGUCUAAGAAAAUGGCUGCAGAGGCAGAGGACUACACAGAUGAGGACUCUGACUUAGAUUUUGACGUGGAUGCUCUGGAGAAGCGAGAGAAACAGAAGAAGGAUAUUGGAAGGAAAGGCUCCAAAACAAAGGUGGUCCCCUCUGAGGUUGAUGAUAAGUUCUUCAAACUGUCAGAGAUGGAGUCGUUUCUUGAUGAUAUGGACAAGCGAGAAGGAAAGGAUGAUGGGAAAGAAGAUGACUUAGACUAUUUCCAGGACCUGCCCUCUGAUGAGGACGAGGAUCUCGACCUAGAGCAAAUACUCUCUUCGAAAAAGAAAACAAAAACCACUGCAAAGAGUUCCAGGAAUCUCAAGUACAAGGACUUCUUCGACGCUGUGGAUAGUGAACCAGCUAGAGCAGAUGACCAGUCAGAUGGCGAGGAUGACAGCAUGGAUGAAAGCCAGGAAGAAGGCGAAGAAGAAAUGGAUGACGAGGAAGAUGAUUAUGAUGGUGAAGAGGAGGGUGAUGAUGAGGAUGAAGAGAGAAGUCGGUCCAAAGCAUCUCAUAAGAAAGUCACCUUUAACCUCUCUGGGGACGAGGACAGCGAGGGAGAGGCCAUGGAGGAGAUUUUUGGAGGAAAAAGUUCAAGCUCAGCAAAGUCUGAGUCAAAGUCAUCGUUUGAGAAACGUCAAGAAAAGAUGUCAGAGAAGAUCAAGGAGCUGGAGACGGCAGCUCUAGCAGAGAAGCCCUGGCAACUGUCUGGAGAGGUGACAGCACAGACCCGACCAGAGAACAGCAUGCUGGAGGAGGACGUGGAGUUUGAGCAGUCAUCCAGGAUGGCUCCUGCUAUCACAGAGGAGACCACACUACAGCUGGAAGACAUUAUCAAACAGAGAAUUAAAGACCAGGCCUUUGAUGAUGUGGUCCGCAAGGAGAAACCCAAAGAGGAGGUGUUUGAGUACAAGAAGAGGCUAACGUUGGACCAUGAGAAGAGCAAGCAGAGUCUAGCAGAAAUCUAUGAGCAAGAGUACCUCAAACAGAAUCAGCAAAAGACAGAGGAGGAAGAGAACCCAGCCCAUGGAGAAAUUCAAAAACUUAUGGACACACUCUUCCUAAAGCUGGACGCUCUCUCCAACUUCCACUUCACACCCAAACCACACAUUCCAGAGGUCAAAGUGGUCUCUAACCUGCCGUCCAUUACGAUGGAAGAGGUGGCUCCAGUCAGUGCUAGUGACGCUACGCUGCUCGCACCAGAGGAAAUCAAGGAGAAGAACAAAGCAGGAGAUAUACUGGGUGCCACUGAGAAGACGUCAACAGACAAGAAGCGUGAGAGACGCCACAAGAAGAAGGUGAAACGUCUGAAGAUCAAGGAGAAAGAACAGAGACAGAAACUCAAAGAGGCUAGUACGACUGGAGAGAACAAAAAGCCAUCAAAGACCGAAGUUGCAGAAAACCUGAAGAAACUCACAAAAGGUGGCAAAGCCACGAUACUCAAGGACGAAGGAAAGGACAAGGCUCUGCGGUCGUCUCAAGCCUUCUUCUCUCAGCUGCAGGAUCAGGUCAAAAGUCAGAUCAAAAGUGCAAAGGACCCGUCUUCGAAGAAGAAGAAAAACAAAGAGGUGUCUGUCAGCAAACUCAAGUUAUAAUAAAUGUGACGGUUUGAUGUGGAAAAUCAACUUUUUAUUGUACAGAUUCUUUAUAUUCAAAUCUGAAAGUCAAAUCUUGUUAAAUGUUUCCCUUUUCCUUAAAAUAAAUCAAGUGCCCAGA